AGAAAAAGGCAAAUAUGUUCAUUUGCUCAAUCAUCGUGAUGUUUAUUGGAACCUUCAACGUGGUAAGUAAUUUUUCUAUCAAAUAUUUCAGUUUAAAGUUUCUUGUCUAUAGUUUUAAAUAAUUAGAUCUUAUACUGAAUUGAUACUUUAUUGUCUGGGAAAUACAACAUCGUAGAACACUGGUUUGUAAACCUCUUGCCUCUUACUAAAUCAUAACCGCAUUGUUUGAACAACGGACUAAAGAAGCUAUGUAAAUAUAACCUAAACAUGUGGCUCUUUUAAGAUGUUGGUUACAAAGAGUAUAUAUCAUUAACGUGCUCGGUUAUCCACACAGGUUCUUUCCUCCUCCUCCUCCUCCUCCUCCUCCUGCCCCUCGGUAUGCGAGUGCCCGACAGAGCUUCCCAGGUGCGCGCCUGGUGUGAGCCUCGUAGUGGAUGGCUGCGGGUGCUGCAAGGUCUGCGCGAGACAACUCAACGAGGACUGCAGUCGGACCGAGCCUUGCGACCACACCAAAGGGCUGGAGUGCAAUUUUGGGGCCAGCUUCGGAGCUAUGCGUGGCAUCUGCCGUGGUAGGUGUCUCAUUCCAAUCCUACUAUGCUGUAAACUGAUUUUAGGUCUGAAUAAUGUUUGUUUGAAAGUUUGUAACCUUGUUAAAGCAAUAUGGUUGAGUUAAGAUGAACUAGUGAGAGAAAAAGAGGACCAUGUGAUUUCAACUCUAAGGAAUGUAACUCAGCACCUCAGUCUAAACUCAGAAGUACAAACAUCCUGCUCUGGUAGAAAGUGAUCCCCCCCUCAGUGGCUCCUCUCCUUAGGCAGCCCUAGCCAAGAACCUUCUGAGGAAUUUUUACAGUUUAAACCAAGCCUCCCUCAACCAGCAUCAGCCAGCAUGUGAUCUGUGAUGUCUAUAGCAGACACUAGCCUUCUGAACAGCGGAAUAACAGCCAUUUCCCCUCUCUUCUCCUCCACAGCUAAGUCAGAGGGCAGACCCUGUGAAUACAACAGCAGGAUUUACCAGAACGGAGAGAGCUUCCAGCCUAACUGCAAGCACCAGUGCACAUGCAUCGAUGGGGCUGUGGGCUGCGUCCCCCUGUGCCCUCAGGAGCUCUCCCUGCCCAACCUGGGUUGUGCCAACCCAAGGCUGGUCAAGGUGGCAGGCCAGUGCUGUGAGGAGUGGGUGUGUGACGACGGCAAGGACACUGACAUCAUUGGGAAGCUGUUUGGCAAAGACAGCAUGACUGACGAGUCAGAGAGCGACCUCACCAACAGGAACGAGCUCAUCGCCUUCGUCAAGGGAGGACUCAAGUCUCUACCUGGUAAGCAGCCUCUUUCUAGCAGCAGCCAUUUUUUAUUUCAACAUUCAACAAUGACAUUUUACAUUGCCUCAAAUGUUGAAGCCCAUACCUGAACAGUUUCUAAUGUUUGUUUGACCUUUCUCCUUACAGCUUUCAGAGUCCAGCCUGAGAGCCACAUGUUUGAAAGCCAGAAAUGUAUUGUCCAGACCACUACUUGGUCCCAGUGCUCCAAGACCUGUGGCACAGGAAUCUCCACCAGAGUCACCAACAACAACAAUGAGUGCAAGCUGGUCAAAGAGACUCGCAUCUGUGAAGUGCGACCAUGCACCCAGUCUCCUUACUCCAGUCUUAAGGUAAGCUCAAGCCACCAAGACUAUACUAUACUGAAACAUGGCAUAUUAUUCAACAAAACCAACUCAGCCUGUUUAUGGAACCUCUUGACUGACUGUUUCUCUCCCAUUGUUCCCCCUAACAGAAGGGAAAGAAGUGCAGCAGAACCAAGAAGUCUACCCAAGCUCAGAAGUUCACCUAUGCCGGCUGCUCCAGCCUGAAGAAGUACAGAUCCAAGUACUGUGGAUCCUGUGUGGACGGCCGCUGCUGCAGCCCCCAGCAGACCCGCACCAUCCGGAUCAAGUUCCGCUGCGAGGAUGGAGAGACCUUCAACAAGAACGUCAUGAUGAUCGAGUCCUGCAAGUGCACCUUCAACUGUUCUAAUGCCAACGAAGCCUCCUACCCCUUCUACAGACUCUUCAACGACAUCCACAAGUUCAGAGACUAAAUCAAAUCUGAUUGGGCUCAGAACCGACCCCUGAGAGAUCCCAAAACAACAACAUUGACAGACCAAUGGCAGUCCAUCUAAACGCACGGGUCCAACUUAACCGGCCAAUGAACUAUCAACUUCCUGUUGUAACUAGAUUCCCAAGGAAUUAUGGGCUUACAUCAUGAGGACUUUAUGAAGUGCACUGUCUGCUGUGACUGAAUCAGCAUUCUCAAUUAAGAUUAGCUUCAUACUACUGGAGCAUCAUAGUAGCUUCGUUAUGGAGCAAAAUGUAAAUUAACAUGUGUAAAUGACAAUGUUUGUAUGUUGAAAUCAAUUCGCUGUGUAUAUUUUCGACCGAGACAUACCAACUAGGCAUGACCCCAAAAAACCUUUGACUUGUGUGUAUAUAGAUGUUGUGUGGAUAUGCACAUACGUAACUUAAUUUAGUAUACCAUGAUCCUGUAACCCAAGGAACCAAGACACCAUGUUACUGUGGUUCCAUUCCUUCCUGACGUGGGCAUAUAUGUUCAUGUUUUGUGGCAGCUAUCGAACUUCCCAACGUUAUCAAGAAAGACAAAGUGAAACGUCAAAUAAAUGAAUGAAUGUUUUUUAUUAUUGUUAUUAAUAUUAUUUAUCAAAAAAUGUAGUUACUUUAUUUGGAUAUUAUGUGUCAUACUGGAAUAAAUUGUACAAAUGAUUUAAUUUUAUAUGUUAAAAAAUAAAACAGAUUUAUUUA